AUGGCGGCGGCGAGGAGGAGUCUCCUGCAGAGCGUGAGCAGCCGAGCCUGUUCUAGGGGGGCGCUAUGGGCGGGAGCUCUCCGGGGCCAAGGGGAGGGUUCGGGGCCCCUGGGCUCCCCUCUCGAGGAUGCGGCUUGGGAGCACAAGGCGAGGGUGGCAGCCUGGGAGCGAGAGAGGGAGGGUGCGAGAGGUGGGUUCGUGUAUCUGUGCAAAGCAGGCAUGGGGAGCCUGUGGCCCUCCAGGUGUUUUGGGACUCCAGUUCCCAUCCCAAAGCAGGGACACAUGGAGAGAGGUAUGGUGGGAGCUGGAGUCCACCAGCCUGUGGAGGGCCAGGUGCAAAGAAAGAGGCGUGUUGCUCUCCUGCCAGAGCCAAAGAAAAACAGGGCGCCUUGUGCCUUUAAUAACGAGAUCAAGGGAAGGUAUUUGGGACAGGUGCAGCUCACAACGGGAGCAUUGAAAAAAAGCUGCACUUGUCAGUCACUCUCUGCAACACGGUGAUAUAAGUUCUGCUCUCCUCUGCUUCUGGUUAACCAGCUCCAAGGAUGGGAGACUAUGACCCUCCGGAAGUUGUUGGACUCCCAUCACCCCCUCCAUCCCCAGUGCCAGCAUGGCCCAUGAUGGGAGCUGUGGUCUCCACAAAAUGGGCGAGGCAGGGGGACAGGUUCUCUGUCCCUCUCCUGUUCCCUCUACCAUCAUCAUUAGCACCACUAGCUGCAGAGAGUGUAGGACGGGUGUAAGGAUGCCAGUGCCAAACUCCUAAAGGGUUUGUUGAGUUGCAUGGAAGAAGUAAUUUCUUCAGAGGCUGCUGCUUCUCCAGUUGCCAUACCGUGAUGGAGAAAAGCUGCCCCUGGGAAAUUUUUCUCAGCCUGGGGUUUGAGAUGUGUGUCAGGGGAAAAACACCGAUGUAAGUCAGAAGUUAAUGGUCCCCAGAUAGGAAGUCUGUGGUUGUAAUUAUUUGUCAAUAUGUAUCUGGGAAGAGCAGAGAGGUGGUUUCCUCAAUUCCUGAUGUUUUGCUCAGCAGAAGGUGGUCUCUUUGAGGGGAAUAAGCUCCUCCUUUCCUCAAUUUUUUUGUGGUAGGGAAAGGAGGGCAUAAUAGAAGAAUUGAAAUCAAAGGUGAUGCCCACAAGAUGUGCUUAUUUAGUACUCCUGGUCCUCACCAUUCCCAUAUGCUUUGCUCAAGUCCCCUUGCCUGUGACUUCUCAUCUGUCUAUACUCCAGAAAAGGAUCACAGUAGGGUUCCUGAGGACUGCAUGGGGUACCCCAGCAUAUCUGUGCACUGGUGCCUGUCCAACUUUGUACCAGCUUUUCAGAGCCCCUCUUUCAAAUUUGUGGAUUAAUGCUAAAAUAUUGACCCUAAAGCAAAAGUAUGUGCGACUGUGUGUCUCUUGAAUGUACAGAGAGAAUUGUGCAGGUGUUUCCAACCCAACCCAGUGUGGCCCACCAAACUGAAUGCAUUCAUCAGCUAUGUAUGGCAAUCUGUCAGAACCUAGAUCAGGGAUCCUAAAUUUAUGUUCACUGCCAUCCCUACAGGGUUUAGUUGGACUUUGGAGAGCCAAUCAACUAAGGAGAUUUCCCCCUUCCCAGUAGAUGUAGGGAGGAAAGCAGGGACACAUUCAUUAGCUUGCUAGAUAGAAGACUGACAUGUACCUUGGCAAGCAGUUUGUGAGUCUCAUGGCUAGAUCUUUUGGAUUUAGCGGGCCUUGGAAAACAGUGUUUCUCAAAUCCCUGGCGAGCCACAGUACAAGGUGGGAUGUGUUCAUUUAGUGGGGUGUGCAGACCUUUUUCAGAUGUUGGCUUUCCUCAGCAAAUCAUAGUCUUUCCAUGGAUGACCAGCAUAAUGACAUGCCAAAUAUCCACAUGCGAGCAGGAAAUUGGGCCACCGCAUCCCAAUCACUUGGGGAUGCGGGUGGUGCUGUGGGUAAAACCUCAGUGCCUAGGACUUGCUGAUCGCAAGGUCGGCGGUUCGAAUCCCCAUGGCGGGGUGAGCUCCUGUCGUUCGGUCCCAGCUCCUGCCCACCUAGCAGUUUGAAAGCACCCCUAAGUGCAAGUAGAUAAAUAGGUACCGCUUUAUAGUGGGAAGGUAAACGGCGUUUCCGUGUGCAGCGCUGGUGCUGGCUCACCAGAGCAGCUUCGUCACGCUAGCCACGUGACCCGGAAGUGUCUUCGGACAGCGCUGGCUCCCGGCCUCUUGAGCGAGAUGAGCAUGCAACCCUAGAGUCGGACACGACUGGCCCGUACGGGCAGGGGUACCUUUACCUUUACCUUUUUAUCCCAAUCACUGCUGGUCCAAAGGUACUAAAAAGAUUAGUAUGUAGUGAGAGUAAUGGUUGUGCAAAAUCAGUGACAGUAGCUCCAAACCCAUGCAAAACAGGUACCUCUUGUACAAAAUUCUUCGUAUGAUGCUUCUGCGGAAACUGAUAUCUGAAUGACCCCUUAUACUCCCAUAGUUCUGUAGAAGGACAGAUUGAUGUCACUUCUUCCGCAGGCCAUGUAUAAGUACAGAGGGAUGGUACAAGUUCCCUACUGCGGGGGUGGGGGACCUUUGGCCCUCCAGAUGUUGCUGAACUACAGCUCCCAUAAGCCUUGACUAUUGGCUGUGCUGGUCAGGGUUGAAGGGAGAUGUCGUUCAGCAAUAUCUGGAGGGCCAAAGGUUCCCCACCCCUGCUGUACUGGGAAAGGAAUGUUACCCUUUCCCCUUGCAGAGAGAGCUGGUUUACAUCCCCACUGCUCUGUAAACAAGAGUUGUGGCGUCCUGAAAGGCAGCUGUUUAGAAGGCACAAGGAAAGUGUUCAGAAAUAUGUACCAAAAUAAUCCGAAUUAUGCGCAGAGAAGCAUCUAUGUGGCAAGAAAGCUUUACUUCUCUAGUUACAGUCAUUAAAAUGCAUCAAACGUAUCUGGCUUUGCUAUGAAGAACCAGCUGUGUAUCUGAAAUAUGUUUCACGUAUCUUUUGGAACCUAAUGCUAGAUGAAUUUUGUGUGUGCUUAAUUUGUGGGAAGAGGUAUGAGUGAAGGAGGACAAGGAAGCUGGGUUAGCAAAGAAGCAGCAGGAGGAGAAGUGUGGGCAGGUAAAAUAAAGUAUAUAACUAAAUAAAAAAGAAAGGCAACAAAGGGAUCAGCUGCAAGUGGGAAAGGGGACUCAAUAAGAGUUUGUCAGCUAUCUUAAAGUAGCACCCUAAUUGGGAGGCUAACUCUUCAGCUGAUGUAUAGUCAUUAUCCUUGUGGCUUUUGCUGGAAGAAGUUCAUUGGGGCUUCUUUCUUACUCUGUUAUUCAGGAGCAGCAACCAAGUUGGACAGAUGACUUGCCUCUUUGCCAGCUCUCCGGUGUGGGUUCAGCUCCUAACCGUUCCUAUACCACAGAUGGAAAGGGGACAGAAAUUCACCCCUUAGAGGAUAACUGGCUGAAAUUCAGGUAAGCAGCCUGUAGAUUUGGGUGGAGCAGGGCAACAGAAAUAAUGGCAUUCAUUCAACAAGCCCACUUUAACCCAGUAAUAUUUUUUUGUAGGGGAGGCCAAACUCCCAUCAGCCCCAGUUAGUAUGACCAAUUUGGCAAUGAUGAUGAGAGGUGUAUUUCUGCAACACCUGCAGGGCAUCACAUUAGAAACUGCUAAUUUAUUGAAUGACCUGUGGGCCAGGUUUUUACUCCCAAACCACAGGCUGAAUGCCAUGCCUUUAAUCGUCCCUUCCCAACCUGACCCUCUUUGGCAGGAGUGAAAAUGACUGCUACCUCUAUGGGGUCUUCAAUGGUUAUGAUGGCAACCGGAUCACCAAUUUUGUGGGAGAAAGACUCUCCGCAGAGCUCCUGUUGGGCCAGCUGAAUGCAGACCAUGAUGAUGCUGAUGUGCGCAGAAUACUGCUGCAGGUAAUGGAGUUUUUUCUUUGGAAAAAAUCAGUCAUAAAUUGGUACUUGUUGUUGUAAUUAAAAGCUCCUGAGUGGUUUGUAAAACAUGCAAAGUUUUGAUGUUUUAUGCAGGGAGAAAUAAGUUUGGGAGAUUCUGUGUAGUUAGCAGUUCAAAGCUUCUGUUCUAAUACAUAAUUUUGUGUUGCCUACCUUCUGGGCCUCCUCAGGCUUUUGAUGUGGUGGAAAGGAGUUUCCUGGAGUCCAUUGAUGAUGCACUAGCAGAGAAGGCCAGCCUCCAGUCCCAGCUGCCAGAGGUAACUUCUCUUCCUAGCCUUAAGGAAACAUCAUUGAAUUCAGGAAGCAGUAACAGUGCAUUUUCUUCUUGGAAGGACCUUGGAGCCUGCUGAACGAAUUUGAAAGUGUGUGUUGGGAGGCAGGUGGCAGCAAAACAGGCUUACUCCCGUUUGCAGCAUUUGAUGUUUCAAACUCCCACCUUCAUUGGUGCUUUUUGAAGAAUUGGUGGUGGUCUCAGAAACACUUAAUGGCAGAGAGGUUAAAAUUGGGACCUGCCAGAGUUGAUGUGGCUCCUGCAGUCUGGGGUGGGAAACAGUCAGUGCAGUGACCUCAUCUGUUCAUUUUGCACAAUAGGCACUAAACUGCAUCCUUGUACUGCUCGCUGAAUAAUACAGAAGGGAUACCACUCCUUUGGUUUCCUGGUUUCAAAAUCACUAAAGUGAAUUUCAGUCCCCACUUCACCUAUAAAGCGUGCCUGUAUGGCGAGAAAAAAAUCCUUUCACAACCCUGAUGAAAGUAUUUUAAGGAGUGGCUGAUCUAUGUUGAAUGAAAUACGUUCUGUAUUAUUUAAGAGCAGGCAUAGACAAACUCCGGCCCUCCAGAUGUUUGGGACUACAAUUCCCAUCAUCCCUAGCUAACAGAACCAGUGGUCAGGGGUGAUGGGAAUUGUAGUCCCAAACAUCUGGAGGGCCGCAGUUUGCCAAUGCCUGUUUAAGAGUAAUCUGCCUAGAGCCUGUCAUGACACUGUACAGCUGUUUUAAUGUGAAAAUGACAGACUCCUGUAGUCCCUUAAAGGCUACUGCAUUUGUUAUGAGACCAGCUUUUGUAGACUAGUGCCCGGUUCACCAGAUGCCUGAAGCUGGCAGGUAUCUAUACACCUGGGUGGAGGUGUGCAAAAAGUGGGAUCAAAUGUUUUGGGUAUGUCUAGAGAAGGCUUCAGAAAUGCUGCACUGAUAAAUUUUUACACAGGCUUCCACAACCCUGUAUUCUAGGGGGUGCCCCAUCACCAGCUGCCUUCCCAGUACCAGAAAAUCAUGGAACGGCUGAAGGCUGUAGAAAAGGAGAUCUCUGGAGGGGCCAUGGCUAUUGUGGCAGUCAUCCUCAACAACAAGCUCUACAUCGCCAAUGUAGGUGUGUUCCUCUUCAAUGCCGUUUUUUAUUUGGGCACUUCCUGGUCACAGCACUGAAGGAUGAAGAGUUAGAGCAGUUGCAGUUGGGUUACUUUAUCCUCUUUGUACAAGAGUAAUGCUUCACUGACAUCCUUACAGAGCCACUAAACCUAGUUGCCUGGGUAAAUACAACCGGGAAAGCAGGAGAGAUGAGAUGUUGGCAUUGACAAGCACUGCUUCCAGGUUUUGCUGGAUAGGGGUAGUACUGGGUUGCACUUAAUAAGCGUAUGUAUUUCCUCAGGUGCCUCACUUGUCCCCCUUUCCACCUUUGCAAAAUGCACUCCUUCUCCACAGGAACAAACAGGGCACUCUUGUGCAAAUCUACAGUAGACGGGUUGCAAGUGACACAACUCAACAUGGACCACACCACAGAGAAUGACGAUGAGCUCUUCCGCUUUUCACAGCUGGGUGAGUGUUGCGUUCCUGGAGCAGCAGAGAAGUAAGUCUGGGAGAGGAUGGGCCUUGGUGAGCCAACAGAGCAGGGGUGGCUUUAGCUGUGGCCCUCCAGGUGUUAUUGGGCCAGAACUUGCAUCAUUCGCAGCCAGUGUGGUCAAGGGUCAACGAAGAUGGUUGGUGCCAUGGGCUAUGGGUUCCAUGCAAUAGUUCCAUUGCAACCGUGCAAUAGAGAAAAGGCUGCCAGAGAGGAGACUUUUGUGGUUAUUUCCCCACCUCUGUGGCACAUCACUAUCAUUGGUGGCUUUUGUGUUUACCAAACACAGGAGUGUUUAAAUGACCAAGUUACAGUGUUAAUGCCUCCUCUUCCCCAUAACAGGGAAUAGAUGCUGGAUAUCAGAAAUGAUCAAUAACUGAGGGAUGAGGUAGCUUUCUUACUUUUUCCUCAUACUGAAUCUGGGUGGGGAAUUGAGUCGGAGAACAAAUAAUAAAAAUAAAAACUGACAAACAAUAUACAAAAGUUUCAAAAUUAUAUAAAUAGAUGUAAUCAGCAACUAAACAAUUCUGUUGUAAGAUAAACAAGCAAAACUACAGCAACAAAUGUUAAUAUUUCCAAUUUAACUAACUUUCUAGGUAAAAACAAACAAAAAAUCUGUACAAAUUAAACAGCCAAUGCUUUUACCAACAGUUCCCACCCCAUUUUUUACUUGCAACAGCCCACUGACUCCAUCUCUACCUCUGACACAAAGAGGGCCCCAAACUGUGGCUUUUGAGUAACUUAACCUCUUUAGCGCAGGCUCUCCAAACCACCCUGGCUUUCAUGCUGAGCUGAGUGGUAUGUAUUGUUGCCCACAAGCAUUGAUUGCAAAAAAAACAAAACCCCUCCCAUGCCUUAUCCACUGUAGCAACAGUUAUGGGUUGUUGCGCAUUAACUGCCCCCUAGAGGGCGAGCUGCUAAUAAUUGGUGCAUGCUUCAAAAUAGGACAGUGGCUUACUCGCUGCCCUAAUCAAGUUUUUUACUCUUCAAAAUACUUGGCCACCUGCACCAGUUUUUUCACCAAACAGUUAUGAGACCAGCUCUGUUGGAAUCCUUGUCCAAACUGAAAUCCUGUUGAGGCCCAUAAUGCAGUAGGGGCUCGUUAAGGAGAGCCCUCCAAACUUUCUUCUCUUCACCACUGCAGCCAACUUGCACACCUGCAUCACACUCUAGUGGAGCUGUGAAUGCUACUGCUUUCUUGCCUGCUUAUUGGCUUUCUGCAGCAGCAGCUGGUGAUAACUGGUGAUGAUUUGCAAAACUCACUGUAACAGGGGCGGGGGGGGCGGGCUGUCUUGCCCAUGUUCCCUCCCAAACCUAGAGCCAGCACUGCAGCAGACUCUUCUGGCACCUUAAAAACUAACGAGUUUUUAAUAGCAUAAGCUUUCAUGAACUAGAUUCCACUUUGUCAGAUGCAGGACAUGUAAUCCUCUGUUGACAUGGGUGUAGGAAAAUAAAAUUAUAUAAUUAUUAUUACUUUUACAUGAAAUCUACCUGUGGACUGAGGGUAACUCAUCCUGCACUGUAUUCCCAAAGAAAGCUUAAGCCAAGAUGGUGGUUGAUACUGAAUCAUUCUCAUAGCGAGUUCAGUUAUGAGUCCAGUGCCUAUUAAAGAAACUGAGAUUCUUUCUUCCAAGGAAGAGCUGUGACACAAGUAGAGUUGAGUGCAGUGGGGAUUCAUCUGGCUGGCUGUCUAAUUCUGUUUUCACCAAGUGUAAAAGAUCUCAGGCUGCAUCAAAGCACCCUGACCACUUCUGAAUGCAUGUGCAGACUUCCUUUCUUGUGUGAAUAUAUUACAGAUGAAAAGCUCCUCGCUGUCCUCCAUUCCUUAGUUGAGUUUAUUCUGUCUUCCCUUGUUCAUCUGCUUUUUGUUCAGUCAAAAUGCCUGUUUAGCUGGGGGUGAAGUGGGCUUCCUCUUCUUGCCUUGGAAUGUAACUAUAGGACACAUUUUGGAUCUGCCCUGAAGUCAGUGAGCUGAUUCUUUAUCUGCAGGUUUGGAUGCAGCAAAAAUAAAACAAGUAGGAACCAUAUGCGGGCAGGAGAGUACCCGGCGCAUCGGGGAUUAUAAAGUCAAAUAUGGCUAUAGUGAUAUUGAACUGCUGAGGUGAGGCAAGACCCAAUACUUGGUCUUACUUUCCUUUCCUGUCUUUGCUUUUGAAGACAUAGCUGUCUCUGACGCUCUGUCCAGUACUAACUUAGUUCUUCUCCCUUUGCAGUGCUGCGAAAUCUAAGCCAAUCAUAGCAGAGCCUGAAAUCCACGGAGGGCACCCACUCGAUGGAGUCACGGGCUUUUUGGUUCUGAUGUCAGAAGGGCUCUACAAAGCUCUGGAAGCAGCUCAUGGACCUGGGCAAGCCAAUCAGGUAAGAGUGCCAGGGCAGCUUUAAAUUGACCUUGGAAUCCUGUGCAGGUCUUCAGGUUGACUCUGUCUGCACAGCGUACAUAGAUGCACCCAUUAUUAGAUUUCAAAUUUGCCCCAGAGUGUUUUUGCUCUCUGGGCUCAUAGUCCCCUCUGGGUAGCCCUAGGCGACAGAGAUGAGCAAGGCUAAUAGUUAUAAGUACAUAAAAUCCGUUGUGCAGGAGAAGGCCAGAGAGGUGAAGAGGAUUCCUAGGGACAACUUUUUCAGGGAAGUGAAAUCAUGUUCCUGCAGAAAAUGUUCCCUCUACUUUCCAUCCCUGCUGCCCAACCAGUGGCUCUGCCAGGGAGGAAUAAGGAGUAGGUUCUGGUCUGCCUGCUGCAUCUAUUGAACAUUGAUUCAAUAGCUGAACUAUGGGAUUCCCUCCUAUAGGAGUCAGUGACAGACACCAACUUGGAAGGCUUCAAAGAGGUUUAGACAAAUUUAUGGAGGAAGAUAAGGCUGUCAAUAACUACUAGCCACAGAGGCUACGUUCUGCCCCCACAGUUGGAGGCUGGAUGCCUCUGGAUGCCAGUUGCUGGAAAUCACAGGUGGGGAGAACGUUUUGGACUUCCCGUAGGCAUCUGAUUGGCCACCUUGAGAAUUCUGGGCUUUUGGCCUGAUCCAACACCUGAUCUUCCGUUCUUAUCCUUACAUUUAAGUCCACCAUAAAAAACUGCAGGCUUCUCCUUUCCUCCACUUCCAGUUGCAGGACAGGGAACGGAGGAGACAAGAGAAGGUAGUAUUUAUUUAAUGCUGCUUUAACCUCCCCCCAAAUAAGCAAAUGUAAAAGUUGCAACCCACAAGGGUGGACGUGAAAGCCUCCUGUAGGAAUGCAAUGAAUGCCUUCACCGUUUAAACACAAUGCAUCUUUCAAGUAGUCGAACAAAGGCACCCUAGAGGGUGACGUGUUGCAGCCUUUCCCCUAAGGCUGAUUACUUGGGUGCCCUUCAGAUGUUCUCCCAGCUGUUUAGGAGAUGCUUAUCCAUCAGAAGCUUCCAAGCAGCUUCUGUGAGAAUGUUUGAAGGGCCCAUGCGCAUGGGCAGGGCCACAUUGCAUGGUUCUUUCCCAUGGAAUCAGUCAGCACAGACUUGCUCCACCUGGUAAGAUGCCACUUCCGUGGCUGACAUCUGCCCCAGUCAACCGGGAGGUUGGGUUCUUUAAACAUUAGCCCAGCUGCGCAGGGCCUGCUUCUGUACAUGGCUGGGAGAAUAUCUGAAGCAGCAGCUCCAGUUUCCCCACCCCUGACAACUCUUUCUCUUUCUAGGAGAUUGCAGCCAUGAUUGCCACAGAGUUUGCCAAACAAAGCUCACUGGAUUCCGUGGCUCAAGCAGUCGUGGAUCGAGUGAAGCGCAUUCACUGUGACACAUACGCCAGUGGUGGGGAACGGUCCAAGUUCUGUGCUCGGCAUGAGGACAUGUCGCUGCUGGUGAGGAAUUUUGGGUACCCGCUGGGUGAGAUGAGCCAGCCCACACUGACUCCGACGCAAGGUAUGGGGGAGCUCAGUGUGCUUGUAUGGGAGAGGGCGCAAGGCAGAUCAAAACUGUUCUGCCCAACUGUGUGUGUGACAGAUAGACAGGCAGACAGGUGUGCCUGCAUUUAUGGUGAGCUUGUGGGUGCUGUAUUUGUAGUCUCUCUCACUGUGUGUGUGUGUGUGUGUGUGUGUGUGUGUGUGUGUGUAUGGAUGCCUGGGUACAUUGGCCGUGCUCUUUAUUUGCAUGUGGCCCUUGGGGAUGACUGAGCAUUAAUGAGUCAGAAAAGAUUCAUCAUCCUUGUCUUGGAGAGUGAUCUUUGCCCAUGGUGUCCCAGGAAAUUCUUCCCACUUGUAGAGGGACAGAGGUAUGGGGUUUUCUGAGAAUCUUGGCCUUCCUAGUGCUUACAAUGUUUUAUUCUGCAUGUUCAGGAGGUCGAGUUUAUCCGGUGUCGGUGCCGUACUCCAGUGCCCAGAAUACAAGCAAGACCAGCGUUACGCUAUCCCUUGUCAUGCCAUCCCAGGGUCAGAUGGUCAAUGGCGCCCACAGUAGCUCCACGUUGGAUGAAGCCACGCCCACCCUCACAAAGUAAGUGCCCCUUGCUCAGACCAGCUGUCCUUUUGCCCUCCUUUUUGCUGGAGGCAACAUUCCACUUCCUCUGUUAGCUGCUUCUUAGGCCUAGCAGUGGAGGCCUACUAGCCGUUUCACUUUUAAACCCGUAUGAUAGGGGCAGGCAAUCUGUGGUCCAAUGGCCUAAUCUCAGAAACCCUCUUUAGAUGAUGAACAAGAGUGUUCUGUCCCUCCCCCUUGAAAACAUAACCAGGUCAUUCAUAUCGGACAGAGCUCAGCUAAGAACAAGCUGCUGCCUUUUAGCUGCUUCCCAGAGAAAGAGAGGGUUGCCUGGUUGUUGCCCAGAAAAAUAGAGCGAUGGUACUGCUCUUGGCUGAUCUUAAGUGUUGCCUCCUUUGGCUGUUCAGGGAUAGGGACAAAAAUAUGAGCAUGCAAAAAAAAAAAAAGGACCCACCCUGUAUAGUUGUAGAAUGAAAAAUCAAAUCUAUUAGCAGUAUUUGCUGAAAGUUCCUCUUCAUCAUUAUAAAAAAGCAGAAGUGGCUUGGAUAAGAAAGGAGAAACUUCUCUGUGUUACACAGAGGUGCAAGAUGAGAGGCUUUUAUUAAUAGACUGUAUAUGCAUUUACAUUUUUAAUGCCCUCUUCACACUUAAAGACGUUUCCAGUGGGUGCCUCAAGCCUGCAUUUUGCAGGUUUGUGUACUGAUACAGGUGCUCACAUCAGGCAACCGGGAUUGUCUGUGAUGCUCUGUGACAGUCAACCUGGGCCCUCCCCAUGAUGUCGGACUGCAACUCCCAUCAGCUCCAGCCAGCAUGGCUAAAGAUCAGGGAUGAUGGGAGUUGUAGUCCAACAUCAUCUGGAGGGCUGCAGAUUCCCCAGAGUUGAGGGGAGAGGCCUUAGGUUGCAUUUGCUGUGUCAUUUGUGCUGACUGAAGGUUGCUUCUCUUUCUCUUUCCCUCCCUGCAGUCAAAGCCCAACAGUGACCCUCCAGUCUACCAACACUCACACCCAGAGUAGUAGCUCCAGCUCAGAUGGGGGCCUCUUCCGUUCUCGCCCUUCCCACUCCCUCCAGCCGGAUGAAGAUGGGCGUGUGGAGCCCUACGUGGACUUUGCAGAAUUCUACCGCCUCUGGAACAUGGACCACAGUGAGCAGGGAGCACUUACUGUGCAAUAA